AUGUCUUAGAUCUUUGGUAUAUCUUCAUCUUUUUUAAAUUAUCGUGUUCAAAUGUUCCUGGAAAUGAAAACACAUAAUCAUUCAACGAUCUACCAUAGUUUCUCAGUUAGUUUCAUAUUCAAAUGCAUCAGAGUUCUCCUCAACAGAUCUAUUGCUCUCUUGCCUUAAAUUAGACGACAUUUCUGGGUUUUUUUUUCCCUCUCUUCUUCUAGGUUGUAUGUAAACCCAUAUAAUAAUAUUCAUAUCGGAAAAAAAAGAAAGAAAAAUGUCAAGAAAGCCUUGUUGUGUGGGAGAAGGGCUGAAGAAAGGAGCAUGGACCACCGAGGAAGACAAGAAACUCAUCUCUUACAUUCAUGAACAUGGCGAAGGAGGGUGGCGUGACAUUCCCCAAAAAGCUGGACUCAAAAGAUGUGGAAAAAGUUGUAGAUUGCGUUGGGCUAACUAUUUGAAACCCGAUAUCAAGAGAGGAGAGUUUAGCUACGAGGAGGAGCAGAUUAUCAUCAUGCUUCAUGCUUCCCGUGGCAACAAGUGGUCGGUGAUAGCGAGACAUUUGCCAAAAAGGACAGACAACGAGGUCAAGAACUAUUGGAACACACAUCUCAAAAAACGUCUGAUCGAUCAGGGCAUCGAUCCCUUGACCCACAAGCCACUUGCUUCUAACCCUAACCCGGCCACGCCCAGGACUUCUGAAGGCCAAGAUGACUCAAACCCGAUUAACCUGGAUGAGCAAUCACAAUCUGGUUCGAUGUCUCCAAAGUCUCUUCCUCAUUCAUCAAGCUCCUGCAAUCUACAAACGAUAAUCAACAGUGAUGAGACACCGAGAAACAAUGGUUCCUUGAGCUCCAAGAAAUGUCGUUUCAAGAAACUGAGCUCUACAUCAAAACUGUUAAACAAAGUUGCAACUAAAGCGUCUUCCAUUGGCAAUAUGCUUUCAGCUUCCAUGGAAGGAUCCUUAAUUCGCUCAACAACACUGUCUCCAUGUCUCAAUGAUGUCUUCUCCGAAACUACAAUUUCUCAGAUGGACGAGUUUGAUCCAUUCUCUCACUCCUCUGAACAACAUAUAACUGAUCAUAUGAAGGAAGAUAUCAACAUGGACUUUGAUCUCAACAAUUCGGAAUUCGAUUUCUCGCAGUUUAUCGAGCAAUUUAGUAACAUUGAAGCCGAAGAAGCCAAUGCCAUUGGAGGAUAUAACCAAGAUCUCCUGUUGUCUGAUGUCUCAUCAACAAGCGUUGAUGAAGACAAUGUGAUGCAAAACAUAACCGGUUGGUCCAACUAUCUUGUUGACGAUUCCGAUUUUCCUUAUGACACGAACCAAGAUUUCGACGACAAGAACUUCAUAUGAUCCUUUGGUUUCUUACCGUACUGGAGUUGAUCGGUUACUUUCAUGGUUUAGCAAGUCCAAAAAUAAUGUUUCACCAUAGUCAAUAUUGUUACUAUAUAAUCAAUAAGGGUUUCUCUUAGUUAGAGAACUAUGUGAUCGCGUGGAUCAAUUAGUAUUUGAUUUGUGAGUGACACAGUGUUUGUCUUCUAUCUUUCUGGGCGUCCUUUUGAAAGUAUUCAAUAAA